UGCAAAAAAAAACAGGAAGUUGCUAGUGAAAAGUUUUGACAUCGGUUAACAGCAACAACAAAAAAAGUUGCAUGACCUUUCUUGGUGUGAAACGUUACGUGAUAAAAUGAAUGAGAAGCCUGUUUCUUAGCUUUUCGUUGUUACUGCCCGCCGAGAUGAAAUCCUUUAUUAGGAAACGAGUGGCGGCUUAUCUGAUUGCUGGGUUGUUGUGCAUGCUGCUGGGGAGCACCAAAGUAUCUGGAGCCGUUCCGAACAAACUGGUUGUCGAAACACUUAGACUAAACGGAAACUGGACACUGAAAAAUAAGAACGGGUCAUUGACACUCACCGCGGCUGUGCCUGGCUGCGUGCAUUCAGCACUGCUGAAGCAAGGUCUCAUUCAGGAUCCAUACUACAGGUUCAAUGAUCUGGAAUACAGAUGGAUUGCCUUGGACAACUGGACUUAUUCUAGAACCUUUUCACUCUCGUCUGAAUUGAGGAAAAGAAAAAAGUUCAACCUGGUGUGUGAAGGCUUGGACACUGUGUCCACAAUUUCUAUCAAUGGAGUCGCCAUUGGGAAGACCGACAACAUGUUUCGCAGAUAUACCUUCGACGUCACUGGGCUGCUGAAGGAGAACAAUGUCAUUGAGGUUAGCUUCCUGUCAGCUGUUGCGUAUGCCGCACAGCAGAGCGCAGCUCAUACCUCUUACAAAGUCCCGCCCGACUGCCCCCCCGCAGUGCAGAAAGGGGAGUGCCAUGCCAACUUCAUCAGAAAGGCGCAGUGCUCCUUCAGCUGGGACUGGGGCCCUUCUUUCCCAACACAAGGAAUCUGGAGAGCCAUAAAAGUUGAAGCCUAUGAUGUGUUCCAGUUGACGUAUCUCACUACCACUCCAGUCUAUGACCCCAGUAUCAAUCAGUGGAGUGUUGAAGUGGAGCUUUUCUUUGAUGUGGCUGAAAUGGCUGUUGGUCAUGUGACUCUCCUCAUUCCUCAAUUAGAGACGCAAAAGACUUUUGAAGCCACUCUUCAACCUGGACUAAGCAGAAGCACAUUUCUUCUUCCCAUCAACAAGAGUAUGCCUGUGGAGCCCUGGUGGCCUAAUGGACAGGGGAACCAGUCCAGGUACAAGCUUGGUGUUAUGGUGAAAACAGCCGGAGGACACACCCUUGAAGCUCAAACUAUGGUGUCUUUUCGCACUGUGGAGCUGGUGCAGGAGCCAGUUGCCGGAUCCCCUGGCCUGAGCUUUUAUUUCAAGAUCAACGGGCGGCCUGUGUUCCUCAAGGGCUCCAACUGGAUUCCCGCUGAUGCUUUUCAGGACAGGGUCACUCCCGACGUCCUCAGACGCCUCCUGCAAUCUGCUGCUGAUGCCAAUAUGAACACACUGCGCGUCUGGGGUGGAGGAAUCUACGAGCAAGAAGAGUUUUACGACAUUUGUGACGAGCUAGGAAUCAUGAUCUGGCAAGACUUCAUGUUUGCUUGCGCACUAUACCCCACUGAAUCAAGCUUUAUUACCACGGUGAGAGAAGAAGUUAUUCAUCAAGUAAGGAAAUUGAAAUCCCAUCCUUCAAUUAUUAUAUGGAGUGGAAACAAUGAGAAUGAGGCCGCCAUCGCUACAGACUGGUUCAAUGUCCCACUUUCGAAAAGGCAGAUAUACCGCAACGAUUAUGUGACACUGUACGUGAACAACAUCAGGGAAAUAGUUCAAAAUGAAGAUAAAAGUCGCCCUUUCCUCGCCUCCAGCCCCACCAAUGGCGAUGAAUCUGUACAGGAGGGCUGGAUAGCACAGAACCCAUAUGACCCCCAUUACGGAGACACCCAUUUCUACAGCUAUCUGGAAGAUUGUUGGGACUGGAAACUGUUCCCCAAGACCAGGUUUGCAUCAGAAUAUGGCUUUCAGUCCUGGCCAUCGUUUUCAACACUGCAGAAGAUAUCUGCACCAGAGGACUGGAGCUACUCCAGUAAUUUCACUGAUCACCGACAGCACCACCUCUCGGGGAACAAGGAGAUGUUACAGCAGGCCAGUCUCCACUUCUCCCUGCCUGCAUCACCUGAUCCCCUGCAGCACUAUAAAGACACGUUGUUUCUCACGCAGGUGAUGCAGGCGCAGUGUGUGAAGAUGCAGACCGAAUUCUACCUCCGGAGCCGCAGUGAGAUCCGAGAGGGAAAGGGCCACACAAUGGGCGCUCUGUACUGGCAGCUGAAUGACAUCUGGCAGGGACCCUCCUGGUCCUCCAUCGAAUAUGGUGGGAAAUGGAAAAUGCUUCACUAUUUUGCACAGAACUUCUUUGCUCCAAUCUUGCCAGUUGCACUGGAGGAUGAAGAAAUACUUCUUAUCUAUGCUGUAUCAGACCUGCAAAAGGAUGUUUCCCUCAGCGUUGUGAUCAAAGUCUACCAGUGGAAUAGUAUGGAACCAGUAUAUGUGUUUGCCUCUAAUUCUACAGAGGUCCAGGCAGGCAGUGCCACCCUGGCCUAUAAAGAGCCUGUGAAGGAGCUGUUGGGAAGGUGUGGGAACUGUACCAGAAGGAGCUGCCUUGUCACCUUUCAUCUAGAAGAAAGUGGGGGACAGCUUGGCCCUGCUAACUACCACUUCCUGUCCUCUCCCAAGCAGGCAGAAGGGCUGCAGAAGCCAAAGCUUUCGGCCACAGUGGAACAGCAAGGAGGGCAGUACACAGUCAAUCUUCAAACAAAUGCCAUUUCUCCCUUCGUUUGGCUGGAUGCCGGUGAUAUCUCAGGGCGCUUUGAGACCAACGGAUUCCUCAUGUUGACCAAAAACAUGACAGUUACAUUCUACCCCUGGAUUCCUACCAGCACCUCACAGCUUGCCAAGUCUCUGCAGUUGACAUCAUUAAUGAGCCUUUCCUGACUGCUGAGGAAAGAGUGCCUGUGGAUUUUUGUGACACCUACUGUACACAUCCCUGUGCUCAUAUCAAAGGAAAGAUCAUGCAUCUUUAUUACAGCAUAUAGUUUGCAACUACAUAAAAUUAGGAGCAGCAUUUGGCAAGCCCAGAAAAGAGAUUACAGGGUGAUAAAGUAUUAGAACAGUAUGUACUGUAAUAAUCCCUAUCAAUUUAUUUGGUAGGAUGUGACAGUUGUAAUUGUUUUGCCAAUGUUCUCUGCUUCAAACCUGACUUUCACAGCCAAGGAUAUAUGAAUAUUUUGUUUUGCAAAAAAAAAAAAGUCACCUUCUGAAAUUGUAAUAAAAUCCAAGAUAAACGUUUAA